AUGGCGGUUCCCAACCAGACACCCGCCGACGUUGUUCCAACGCACCAUGACAGCAAGCCCGAGGUCCUCCAUGUGAGUGACGAACGCGCCUCUUCCGACGAGGAGAAGUUCGGCAAGUCCACGAACAAAGAUCAAGAACGCAACCAGCUUCUGGCCAACCUUGGCGACCCAGAUGAGGGUAAGAGCGAGGAAGAGAGAAGGAAGAUCGACCGCAAGUUGAUGUGGAAGGUUGACUUGUGGAUUGUGCCCUGGCUAUCUCUGCUCUACCUGCUCUCCUUCUUGGACCGCACCAACAUCGGCAACGCCCGCCUAGCCGGCAUGGAAGAAGAUCUCAACAUGAGCGAGUCCGGCAGCGACUAUAACAUGUCACUGACGAUUUUCUUCAUCUCCUACGCUGUGGCCGAGCCCAUCACCAACACGCUUCUCAAGCGACUGACACCCCGCAUCUUCUUUACGGGCAUCAUUCUGCUCUGGGGUCUAAUCAUGACUCUCAUGGGUCUCGUCACCAAUUACUCUGGCCUACUCGCUGCACGGUGGUUCCUCGGUAUCGCUGAGGCUGGUCUCUUCCCCGGAGUUACAUACUACCUAUCCUGCUGGUACAAAGCGUCAGAAAUCGGCCUCCGCAGCGCCCUCUUCUUCUCUGCCGCAGCCCUCGCGGGCUCCUUCGGCGGUCUCCUCGCAGCCGCCAUCGCCCUGAUGGACGGUAUCGGCGGCAGGCCCGGCUGGGCGUGGAUUUUCAUCAUCGAAGGUAUCGCCACCGUUUUUGUUGGCUUUUUCUGCUGGUGGAUGGUUUUCGACUGGCCCGACACUGCGUCCUUCCUGACUCCCGAGGAGCGCAUCCGUGUGCAGCGCCGCAUCAUCCUGGACCGUCAGGGCCAUACGGCCGAGGACUUUGACAAGCGUCAUAUCUACCAGGCGCUCAAGGAUUGGAAGACGUAUCUGUACAUGGUCAUCUACAUGGGUUGCUUGACCCCGCUGUACGCUUUCAGUUUGUUCUUGCCGACGAUCGUGCGUGGUAUGGGUUACGCUGGUACUCGGGCGCAGUUGCUGACUGUGCCUCCGUACGCAUGUGCCGCGGUCAUGACGGUGGCGAUCGGCUUCUUUGCGGACAGGACUCGUUGGCGCGGGUAUUGCAAUAUGGCGACGGUUACGGUUGGCGCAGUAGGCUUCGUUAUGCUGUUGAGCACGCCGAACGUGCAGGUUCAGUAUGCCGGUGUCUUUCUCGGAGCCGUCGGCAUCUACCCCACCAUCCCGAACACCCUCGCCUGGGUCAGCAACAACACCGAAGGCUCGCUCAAGCGCGCCGUCGUCCUCGGCAUGGUCGUCGGCUGGGGCAACCUCAACGGCGUCGUCUCGUCCAACAUCUACAUCUCGAGCGAACGCCCCCGCUUCUACACGGGCCACGGCGUCGUGCUGUCGUACCAGGUCGCCUUCCUCUUGGGCGGCAGCGUGCUGAUGCACGUGCUGCUGGCGCUGGAGAACCGCAGGCGCCGCAGCGGCCGGCGCGACAAUAUGCUCGAAGGGCUGACGCAGGAGGAGAAGUGGAUAAGGGGCGAUAAGAGGCCGGAUUUCAUGUAUACGCUGUAA